AUGAUUGGAAAAGAGUAUGGUACCAAGAUGCCUUCACACAACGGACGAGGGUUCAUGUAUCUCUUGCAUCCAACGCCAGAACUAUGGACAUAUGUUGUUCCUCAUCGAACACAAAUCUUGUACAUUGCCGACAUUUCUUUUAUAACAACUUAUUUGGAUCUAAAGCCAGGAACCAUCGUUUUGGAAUCAGGAACGGGCAGUGGGUCCUUCUCGCAUUCUUUGGCGAGAACCAUUGCACCGCAUGGUCAUUUGUACACUUUUGAAUAUCACGAAGAAAGGGCAAAAGCUGCCAAGCAAGAUUUCGAAGAGCAUGGUCUCUCGGAUCUAAUCACCAUGGACUGUAGAGAUGUUUACAAAAGUGGAUUUGGGAUAACCGAUUUAGUGAAUGCCGUCUUUUUGGACCUGCCUGCACCUUGGGAUGCUAUCUCAUCGGCCAAAGCAGCUUUCAAGCAACGACGUAUAGGAAAAAUCUGUUGCUUUAGCCCUUGCAUAGAGCAAGUACAGCGAACUUGUACUUCUUUAAAUGAAAACGGAUUUGUCGAAAUAAAAAUGUUUGAAUGUCUAAUUCGUAAUCAUGAAGUUCACACGAUUCCCGUGUAUACCGUGAAAGAUGCCGUGUCAAAGAUAGAAGUUCAGCAGGAUAAGAAACGUAAACGCCGAGAACAAGAAACGUUUGAUUCUGCUAAAUCUCAACCCAGAAAAGAUCCACCAAAUUUAUAUGUAUCCAAGACGCCAACAGACGCUAGAGGUCAUACGAGUUACCUUACUUUUGCCACAUUUCUACCGGUUUUAGAUAACGAAGUGUGA